UAAGGUCAUCAGCCUUUUGAUUUAAUUUCUACGGCUGUGUGAGCCGCCACUCUGUUCAAUUUCAAAGUAACUCAAAACGAGAACCCCAAAAUUCCCCGCCACCAGCACCACCAUGUCUACCACUAACCCUUUUUCCACCACCACCACCACCACCACCACAGCAUCAACUCUUCCUCCACCACCACCAACACAACAACAACAUCAACAGCCACAGCAACACAUUCACCCGAAUGUAAGACCUCCAGCAACACCAAAUCCAAAUCAGGGAAUUUUAUACCCAGUAGCUUCAUCUGGGCGAGGGUUUAUGCCUAAACCAAUUCGUCCUAAUUCAAAUACUUCUGAUCACACUGUUACUGUCGCCAAUCACUCUCCCUACCCUCCCCGCCCUAACCACUUCCCCCACCACCACAACCACCCUCUUAGGCCUCCUAUCACUCAUCAACUUCACAUUCCUCCUCCUAUUAGAGGCAUUGCCGUUUCUUCUCCCCACCCUAAGGUUGCUGCAUCUUCAUCUCCAAUGGCUGACUCUAAUGAAUAUAAAAAUUCAAGGGAUAAAAAGUCCGAGACUAUUGCAAUUAUAAGAGAUCGAAAAGUCAGAAUUUCAGAAGGGGCUUCUCUUUAUGCUCUUUGCCGAUCAUGGUUGAAAAAUGGAUUGCCUGAGGAAAGUCAGCCACAAUAUGGAGAUGGUGUAAAGUGUCUCCCACGGCCUUUGCCGAUGCUAGUGGACUCAAACAUGGCACAGAACAGGGAAAGUGAAGAAGAAGAAGAAGAAGAGAAGGACAAUGAUAAGGAAGAGGUUGCUCAUUUAUCAGAAAAAGAACUGUUGAAAAGACAUGUUAAACAUGCUAAGAAGGUUCGGGCACGGUUAAGGGAAGAACGGGCAAAACGAAUAGAGAGGUACAAAACAAGGCUGAGUCUUCUGCUUCCCCCACUAGUAGAACAGAGCCGAAAUGAUGGUGCAGCUGGAAACUGAAAGUCUGGAGGCAUUAUGCUUAGUCUCAUCUUUCUGAGCACAUAGGAGGUAGUUCUGUUGAGCUAGCUAAAAAGGUGAUGGGUGUAUCAGAUUUUGUAAGAUGCUGUCAUUUUGGGAAAAACAGUGUUUUCAAAUAGAAAAAGAUAUAGAAUCCUGAGGACUCUGUAAUGUUACAUCAAUGUGCAGCCUUGAAGCAGAUUGGUAAAAUAUUGCUUUGGUUUUUGCGUUGUGUAGACAAGUUAGGAAUGAGAUUCUGAGACUUUCCUGUUGGAUACAAA